CCUCCAAGCUUUGCUCUUUACAUUGCAUGCCUUCUCAUGGUGAAUGCUGCUCCAGAGAAAACUUCAGGCCGUUCAUCUUUUGAAUCUGUGAAUGUUGGGGUAAGCGUGACUUUGCCAUGCAAGUGUCAGGAAAAGUCAACAGUGAUGUUGUACUGGUAUAAGAAACCUUUAGGACAGACUCCACAGCUGAUGUCUCUGUACUAUCAGCACAAAAAUGACGCCACCUUUUAUGGCCAAUUCAAGGGCGAACGGUUCUCACUGGACACUGAAGACCAGAAACAUCACUUGACGAUUUCAGAUUUUGGAAUUUCGGAUUCAGCGACCUACUUCUGCUUAGGAAGCACUUUAUAUGUGGUUGAGUUUUGUGAGAGCAUUACUGUCAGUGCAAAGGGUUUAGAUUCAGACGUCCAAGCCGUCAUCCAUCAGUCAGAGUCUGAGAGCACCCAGAUAGACGAUACCUUGACCGUGACAUGUGCAGUCCACGCCGCGACCUGUGAUGGAGAACACAAUGUUUACUGGUUCAAAGACUCAGAGGAAACUCAGCCAGGACUCAUUUACACCCAUGGAGGCAGGAAUGAUCAGUGUGAGAGGAAACCUAACUCACAAUCAAAUACUUGUGCCUACAAUUUGCCAAUGCAGGACGUAGAUCCUGCUCAUGAUGGGAACUACUGCACUGUUGCAUCAUGUGGACAUGUUCUGUUUGGAAAAGGGACCACGCUGGACUCAGAGGGUGAAUCCUCUGCCUUGGUGUUCAUCCUGAGCGCUCUAUUGGCUGUCACCGUCCUCCUGAUCACCUCAUUGGCUGUCUCUUUCAGCACACUCAAGCCCAGCUACAGCGGUAAGAAGCCCCUGCUAUGA